CUGCACCAGUUCUAUUCUCUCGUUCCCUCGUUCCAGUCCAGACCCGAUUCUCCUAUUCCGGGGAGUUUGGCUCAGCUGCGGGGACCUCGUUCUCUUAUUCCGGAGACCACUUCUGGGGCCCCAUCACGGCCUUCCGGGUCUGGGAACACCCCAGCACCUACAUCAAAGCCCUCCAGUUCCAAUUUGCUGGCACAUGGAGCAAAACUUAUGGCUAUGAGGAAGGCAAACAUCACGAGGUGACCCUGUUCCAUGGAGAGGAAAUCACACAGAUCUCCGGGAAACACUCCACCUACAUCUACCAGCUCAUCUUCUUCACCAACUACGGACGCACCUUCUUCUUCGGCCAGCCGGCCGGGGAGAGCUUCAACGCCGUCCCCCUGGAGCAGGGCAACGUCCUGGCCUUCAUCAGCGGCCACCACAAUGGGGCGGGCAUCACGGGCAUCGGGAUGCACUGGGAUCAGUCCACCUUGCCGGCGUUAAAAUCCUAUGCCCAGAUCCCAGAGAUGGGGAAUUCCUCUGGCUAAUGGAGCCCAUCCAUUCCAGCAAAAUCCUGUAGCAGAGCGUUCCCCUCGUUAACAUACCUCAGCCUGCGACUCUCCACGUGGCACCGUGGAGCCAUUCACUGGCUGUGAUCAGUGGCUGAUUAAUUAGAGCCAGAUUGCUUGAUUUACUGAUGCGCUCAUUAAAAUAAUAAAGCAUCAAUCUCUGCUCUCCAUUUUCAUCCAGAACACGAGGUCUCUGCUUACAUUUGGGUUUGGCCUGGGGGCUGUUUCUACCUGGAUCCCUGCCCCAGCACAGGGA